UUUACAUGAGACACCCACCCACGCAAAGAUGGCUGCGAAAGGCUCGCAUUUUCACCUGAAAAUGGAAGAGGCGAUCGAGAGGUGCAGGACGGAUUGCCAGUGGGAGAUGCAGCUCGCCAUGGUGGCGCAGAUGAGGGCGCGGACGUCCAGCCCUCGGCACAAGGGGGCAAAAAGAGCCGGAGCCGCACCGCAAAAAUCUGAAGAUUAUGAGAAUCUACUAGCUGCGGAGGCACUGCUGGAGCUGUGCUUAAAAGAGAACCUUGCCAAAAUCAAAGAAACCAUGCCAUUAAUGGAAAAAACUGAGCCCAAACUGAGUGACGCCAAAAAGUCUUUGACUGACAUUCUAAAUCGAGGGAAAUUACUGCCAAAAGUUAUGACAGAAGCAAUGUUGCUCCUUGCAAAGCUUCAUUAUAUUGAAGGCUGUUACAGAGAGACUUUAAGCAUGUAUGCAAGAGCUGGCCUCGAAGACCUUGUAAUAGAGAAGAAACCUUUAUACAAGCUGCGUCUGCUGACCGAAGCUUUUGUUAUUAAAGGCUUGGCACUGGAACGCUCACCCAAUUCCAUUGCUUCCCAAGUCCGGCUGUCAGAAAGAGAAGAGGAAGUCAUGACUUGCUUUGAAAAGGCAUGUGUGAUUGCUCAGAUUUUCCUGCAGGAACUGGAGAAGAGCUUUAAUAAUACACAUACAAGAAACACAAAAGGCAGUCAUAUGUCUUCCUCGGAUUUUGAACUUCCUUACUUCCUGGAAGCAGCUCUGCAGAGUGCAUAUGUGGCUCAUUUAAAGAGAGGCAAUAUUAUUCAAGGAAUAAGAAAUCUAAGAGAAUUGUUAAGGACCAUGGAAACAAAGUCUACGCUGAGCUUCAGAAUGACAGCUACCAAACAACUGGCAGAGCUGCUCCUCCACUCCCUAAGUGAAGAUUGUUACUGGAGUCCCUUAUCUGACCCACUUCCUGAGUUCAUGAAGAAAGAGGACAAUGCUUAUAUUUGUAACACCUUACGUCAAAGACUACAGCAACAUGCUGGAGAUAACAUCUAUAGCCCCCAUGACAACGUUGAAGAAGCUCUCCUCCUCCUCCUGAUCAGCGAAUCCAUGGCAAACCAGGAUGCAGUAAUCAGCCGGGCUCCUGAUCAGAAAGAUGAUCGAGCCAUCAGUCUCCAGAGUACAUCAGCAGUUUAUGAUCUCCUGAGUAUCACUCUGGGCAGAAGAGGACAGUAUGUCAUGCUUUCUGAGUGUUUAGAACGAGCAAUGAAGCUUGCAUUUGGUGAAUUUCAUCUCUGGUACCAGUUGGCUCUGGCCAUGACAGCUUGUGGCAAGUCUGCUCAUGCUGUCUCGGUGCUCAGAGAAUGUGCAAAGCUACGUCCUGCGGAUCCCACCGUCCCUCUCCUGGCCGCCAAGGUCUGCAUUGGACCUCUGCACUGGCUGGAGGAAGGAGAACGUUUCGCCAAGAUGGUUGUUGGCAUGGGAGAAGACGCUGGAGAAUUCCUAGCAAAGGGUUUUUUAGCAUUAGGCCUGACAUACAGCCUUCAAGCAACUGAUGCUACUCUGAAAAGCACACAAGAUGACUUGCAUCAGAGAGCACUUCAGAAUUUAGAAAGAGCUCAUCAUUUGGCACCUGAAGACCACCAAAUUAUCCUCUAUAUCUCAUUGCAGCUGGCUCUUAUCAGGCAGAUUUCUGAUGCAAUAGAACAUCUCCAAGAAGCACUGAAACUGUGUAAGGAUGAUAUGAAUUCUCUUCAUUUGUUGGCCCUCCUUUUUUCAUCACAAAAACACUACCAACAUGCUUUGGAUGUAAUGGACGUGGCCCUUGCAGAAUAUCCUGACUGCUUCCAUUUACUCUUCACAAAAAUAAAACUGGAAUUAAUACAUAAAGGACCGGAAGAGGCUUUAGUGACCUGUAGACAUAUGCUGCAUCAGUGGCAGAUGUUGUAUAAUGUUUCGCAACAAAGUGACUCAGAGAAAGCAAACAGUUUGACUGAGACAGUAACAGCUAAGAAGAAUAAUAAUGUGUAUCUUACUCUACCUGAUGCCCAUGAUAACGAUUCUGGCUCCCAGCGAGCAUCUUCCAUUGCCGCAUCACGACUGGAACAGGCAAUGUCAGAGAUAACUAUGCAGAGUUCUGCCUCAAAGCAAGGGCCUAUUCAGCUGUGGACAACUCUUGAACAGAUCUGGUUGCAGGCUGCUGAAGUCUUCAUGGAACAACAGCAUCUCAAAGAAGCAAGCUUUUGUAUCCAGGAGGCAGCCAGUCUCUUUCCCACAUCUCAUGCUGUGCUGUACAUGCGGGGGAGGCUUGCAGAGAUGAACGGCAGCUUGGAAGAGGCUAAGCAGUUGUAUGAUGAAGCAUUAACUGUGAAUCCAAGUGGAGUGGAAAUCAUGAACUGUUUGGGACUGGUACUCAACAAGCUUGGGCGAAGAAAUUUGGCUCAGAAGGUUCUUCAGGAUGCAGUCCAGAUACAGAGUACCAGCCACAAGGCCUGGAACAGCCUUGGAGAAGUCCUUCAUGCUCAGGGCAAAAAUGAAGCUGCUGUUGAAUGCUUUCUGACUGCUUUGGACCUUGAAUCCAGCAGCCCUAUAAUUCCAUUUACAGUUAUUCCACGGGAAUUGUGAAUGUUUAGUAUUAACUCAUCAAAUGUGUUAUGUGGAGAAAAUUUAGGUGAUAAGCAGUCAGUUUACAGAUGUGUGUGUGUGUGUAAAGAAAAGCUUUAUUCACAGUAAUGAUUCUGUUUCAAGAAUACAACAUUUUAAGCUGAUUCACUACCAGAUUCUAGCUUAGUUCAUACAUAGCAUUAAGCUAUAACAUAUCUGUUUGGUUGGGUUAUUUUGUUUUAUUGGGAUGCACAAGGGACAAAAUAAAAUUGGACAGAAGAGAAUGUUUGUAACUCAGGGUUGAACUGUGGGGUCCCAGGUGCUCUGGUAGCUUGGUUGUUUCCUUGCCCUGUCAGGGCAAACCCCUUGAACAUAAAAUGAGAGCAAACUCCACUCCCUACUAAUAUUGAUGUUACCUAGUUUAGUAAUGAAAUAUCUGCAAGAAAACAGCCAGGUUCAGAGAGCACUAGGUACCCCCGUAUUUCCAGAAUAUUUUAUGUAUAAAAAUUAGGGCAGCUCAGCGUUAAAAUUUCAGCAAGGAUUUUGUUCUAGACCACCAAACGUUUUGGGACAUUAAGACACAAGUCUACUGCUUGAGGUACUGACAGGGGCACAUCUCUUACAAUAUCUUCUUUAAGAGUGUUCCACAAAUGAUCUAUAGCUGGGGAUCAUUAGAGCUAAAGAUAAAUCAUUAAAAAGUCACCAAAAUUGCUUGUACAAAGCAUGUAUCAUGCUUUGGAGAUGUUGAGAUGCACAAGGGACAAAAUUAUUACAAAAUUUGGGACCUAUGGGUUUGGGACCUAUUGCAGAAUAUUACAAUGGUCUGUGAGUCUAAUCUGUCAAAUUUAAGGCUAAAUCAGUUUUGUUUGUGCUCAGGGAUGUAUAGAAUAAAAGUAUAGGCAUCUGUGAAAGCACAGUAACAAGAUAUAACUGUAGCUUUUUGGUUCUUUGUAUCAUUUUAUCCUUUUGUUCCAUUAGUACAUUGUACGUGGCACAAAUAACAUGGCACAAAUGUUAUUCCAUAUAACUGACCUCUUUCCUCUUAAAAUUUUCUUUCCAGCUUAGAGGAGACAGUCUAGAAGAGUCAUUUUACUAAUAUUUCAGUUGCGUUGGUAUUUACUUUUAAUUAGGCUGCUGUGGUCAUUCUGACUGAUCUCAUGUACUUAACUGAGCUGGUUCAUUUUCCAAUAAAACAUACUAUCAAUAACUGGAUUAGAUAAAAUAGGUGUAAGCACCUAUGGUAUGGCUAUCCAAACUUACCUGCUGCUGCUUUCUUUCUAAAUCUCAAUUUAAAGCAGGAUUGGGGUAUUGUUUUUUUUUUAGUCUUAGGACAGAAAUCACCUCAAAGUCCCAGUUUUUAGACAAUAAAGGCCUUAUUUUAUCUCAUAUACAUUCAAGGUGCUAAUUAAGUAAUACAAGACUUGAAUUUGGAUAGCACAAAUAUUUGGCAGAGAACUGCAUAAUCAACUAAACAAUUUUUUCAGGCUAUAUUCCUCUCAUAACAGGACCCUCCCCAAAUGUCCUUUCUCCAUUAUUGUCCCACUGGCAAAACUGGGGCAUUACAAUUAAUUUGCAGGAAAUAAUUAAGGCUUACUAUGGCAGUGAUGACUCAUCACCUGGCAACCACCAUUUCCCUCCAUGGUAACCCGGUAAAUGAUGUGGCAUCUUCAUAAAGCAGGGCUUCAGUGAAAAAUAGGAUGAGGUUGAAGAGGGCAAACACAAAUCAGGAUCCAUGUUAAGACUAGGACCAGACAUUCUGUAGUCCAUAGUGAUGAAAUGCUUCGAGAGAUUGGUUCUCCAGCUCCUUAGGACAUGCCUCUCACCGAAAUUUGACAAACAUCAUUUUGCCUACAGGGGGAAUAGGUCGACAGACAAUGCCAUAGCUACUGCUUUACAUUCUGUAGCGGGCCUUCAAUACCAUUCUGCCAAGCAUCCUUAUCGAAAAGCUGACUGACUUGGAUUUUCCCUCUUCCAUCUGGAAGAGACUGGAUCAAAGACUUUCUGAGGGACCAGCCACAAAUGGUGAAGGUUGGGUCUGUCAUAUCCACCUCCCUGAAGCUUAGCACUGGCUCUCCACAGGGCUGUAUGCUUAGUCCCUACCUGUAUUCACUAUACGCACAUGAUUGUGUAUCGUCUGACUCAUCCACUGUGAUCAUUAAGUUUGCAGAUGACACCACCGUACUGGGUCUUAUUACAGGUGGAGAUGAAACAGCAUACAGGGUGGAGGUUCAAAAACUAUCCACAGGGUGCUUAAAAAACAACCUGCACCUGAACAUCAGCAAGACCAAGGAGAUGAUGUUGGACUUCCGGAGGAAGAGAGAGGAACCUGCUCCACUUUACAUCAAGGGGGUGUGUGUAGAGAGAGUUUCCUCCUUUAAAUUCCUGGGAGUCCAUCUCAGCAAAGACCUCACCUGGAAAAACAACACAAUCCAGGUGGCCCGGAAGGCCCAACAAAGGCUCCAUUUCCUUAGGGUGCACUGAGGAGUUCAACCAAUCUCAUUGUACAUAUGUUGUGCACUGACAAUAAAGAUUUGAAAUUGAAAUUCUCAGAUAUCUGUUUAUUAGCCAGUAAACUUCACAUUUGUGCAGAACAGCCUCUGUAGUGUUUAAUGGUUAUGAAACUUUUCAUAUACUGUUUAUUUAUUUAUUUAUUUUAUUAGAUUUCUAGACCGCCCUUCUCCCGAAGGACUCAGGGCGGUGUACAGCCAAGAUAAAAAUAAAAAACGUACAAUUAAAACUAAAUUUAAAAACUUAUUAUACAAUUUGGCCGAAGAAUUAAAAUAUUUAAAAAUCUAAAAACCCCAAUUUAAAAUUUAAAUAAAAUUUAAAUUCAGAAUCUAAACAGUUUAAGAAAGCCCCGCGCGAACAAACAGAUAUGUUUUCAAUUCGCGGCGAAAGGUCCGAAGGUCAGAUAUUUGGCGUAAACCAGGGGGAAGUUCAUUCCAAAGAGUAGGAGCCCCCACAGAGAAGGAUCUUCCCCUGGGGGCCGCCAGCCGACAUUGUUUGGUGGACGGCACCCUGAGAAGUCCCUCUCUGUGUGAGCGUACGGGUCGGUGGGAGGCAUGAGGUAACAGCAGGCGGUCCCGUAAGUAUACUGUGUAGUAGUAUACGUAAAAUAUUGAUUCCAUUAAACUCUGAAGAUUGGGUGAGUUUAAAUAAUUGCAAUUUGAAGAAUAGUUACAUGAAUGGCUAGUCUAGUGAAGAGAAGGACUAGGGGAGACAUGAUAGCCGUCUUCCAAUACUUGAGGGGUUGGACCCCCCCACAGAGAGGAGGGGGUCAAGCUGUUUUCCAAAGCACCUGAAGGCCAGACAAGGAAUAAUGGAUGGAAACUGACCAAGCAGAUAUUCAAUCUAGAAAUGAAGAGGAACCUGACAGUGAGAAUAAUCAACCAAUGGAACAGCUUGCCUUCAGAAGCUGUGGGAGCUUCAUCACUUAAGACUUUCAAGAAAAAAUUGGAUAGCCAUUUGUCAGAAAUGGUGCAGGGUCUCCUGCUUGAGUGGUGGGGUUGGACUAAAUGACCUAUAAAGUCCCUUCCAACUCUGUUAAUCUGUUAAAUUUGGUACAUCAGCAUAGAUGCUAACUUAUUUUAUUUACAGACAACUGUUCUGGAAACUUAUUAUGUAUUUAUUGAGAGUAUUAUUUGGGUACUCUUCAGCCAAAUAUGGUUUCAAUUAGAUGCCACUGACAAAAAUAAUACUGUACCCUAGUUAUUACAAAUCCAUUCCAUUAAUUUAUAUAAGACUUAGUCAAAAUUCCCUUUUGUUGCAAAUGUGUUUUUGCGAAGGAGAACUUAACAAUCACUGCCAGGGAUGAGUUGUUUUAUGGGGUUUUAUUAUAUGAUGGAUAUUUUAAAUUUUAUAAGCUACCCAGAGUGUCUUAUUAUUGGUUGGCUAUAUAAAUGUGUUAAUGGAUGGAUGGAUAGGUGGGUGGAUGAUAAACUGAUAGAUAAACAUAGCUGGAACUACAUCUUACUAGGCGAGGCCACUUUGAGUUGCAGUUUGGCAGUAUCUGGAAAGUCAUAGAUAGCCACUCUAUCUUAGAGAAAGUAGAAAAACAUGAACAUUAAUUAACUAUGUAAAACAUGAUUAAUUAGAAACUUUUCACUGAUGAAUAUGUGGGGCUUGAAGGUCAUUAGUUACUUAGAAUACUUCGGUACAUAAUAAACAAUUUUGCCCCUUUUGCUCUUAUGUCCAUAAUUCUAAUAUGUAAUCUUCUCCCAGAAAAACUAAAUCAUAUCGUAUUUCAUUUGGAAACCAGUCUGCAAAGCCUUUGAAAUUUGAUAUGCCUUUUCACAAUGAGACAUGACAACACUGAGUUUGAAACAGCUUUCACCAGAUGAAUGAACAAAUCCCAGAGAGAAAAAUGCAUUGCGCAUAUAAGGUCAUUUCCUGCUGCUUCUCAUUCUUUGCAAAGUAUUCGUCAAUGUUCACAGAUCAAAUCCUGAAUGAUGCCUACUUGUUGCAAAAAGACAAUUUAGCAUAUUUCUGUGGGGUUCAUAUGGAAGGUGAAGGGAAGCAUCCAAUCCAGGAAGAAUCAAGGUUGGUACCGUAUUAUGAAAUUGAACCAUGGAAUCAGACGAGACCAUUUAAACUCCAGUAUAGGAAUUCAAAGGAUCCCUGACAAAAGGCUGUCUAGCUUCUUUUAAACACUCGUGGAGUCCUCCGUCUUUCUGAGUAAUUAUUUACACCAUCAAAUUUACUAUAGCAAACUUUUCCAGCAUUAAUUUAUUUAUUUAAUUAAUUUAGCAUAUGCAGUUCUUUUAUCAUAAAUAUGUUGUUUCGUACUCUACCUACUAAGCUAAUAAAGAAUUUGGCCUUCUUUAAAGUGACCUCCUUUCAAUUAUUUGAAGAAUGCUAUCACUUCAAUUUUCUUCAGAUUAAAGAUUUCCAGUUUAUGUAAUUGCCAGUCAUAGCUUUUAAUUUCUACUGUACACCCUGAUCAUUCUUACUACAUUCUCUGAACUUGUCCCAGUUUGUCUUGAGUCCUGAAAGUAUAAAACAAAAAAAUAGAUUUAAUACUGGUGGUAAAUUGUGAUCAAUACAGAAUAACCUAACACCAAGUUUCAUAUGAUUUGGACUAUACUCAUGUACACUGAAUUUGCCUUUUUUGACAGCCAAAUGGAACUGCUACUAAUCCAGUAUUCAAAAAUCCUUUUCACAAUUAAAAUUAUCAAGCCAAGUGAUUUCUAUCUUAUGCAUGGUAUAUUUGAUUUCUGUUAUUUUAAUCCCACUUCUCUAAUCUUUCCAGAUUAUUUUGAAUUUUAUUCUCUGCAAAUAUAUAAAUAUAUAAGGAUUUCCUUUCUUCAACUCAAGACAUUAAUAAAAAAUACUGAAAAGUAGAGGAACCAGGACUGAAUCAUGUGGCACCAUCCCUAUUUCUCUACAAUUUGAUGAGGAACAAUUAAUAUGCUUUUCAGACUACCUAUGUGUCACUUACCAAUAAUGCCACUCAAUUCACAUUUAACUGCUUUGCUAAUUACAAAAUCAUAGAAUACUUUUUUAAAAUGUUUUUCUGAAAUCGGGG